AUAAUUGUUUUCAUUGAGUGCAGUGCACGUGUUGAAAUUGCAAGAAUUUAUUAAGAAAAUUUAGAAAAACUAAAGAAUUUCACUAAGAAAUUAAAUAAAAAUGAGUAAGAAAGGUAAAGGAGGCAAUAAUUUAGGGCGUACUUUGAUAAAAGAUCGUUUUGGUCAUACGCCCAGAAGGAAAGUGGACAAUGAUUCUAUGUUACAUACCACCGAAAUCCAAGAUGGUUAUGAUUGGGGUCGUUUAAACUUAAGUUCCGUUACUGAGGAAUCUUCUUUUCAAGAAUUUUUGAGGACAGCCGAAUUGGCUGGCACCGAGUUCCAGGCUGAGAAACUGAAUAUUGCUUUUAUCAAUCCCAAACAGGGUGUGGGUCUAUUGUCACGCAAAGAACAAUUGACUAUAGAGAAAAAGCAUAAAGACAAUAAAGAUUUGCUGAAAAUUCCUCGCAGACCCAAAUGGACCGCCGAGACUUCAGCCGAGGACUUGCAAAGGGCUGAACGAGAAAGUUUCUUGGACUGGAGACGUAAUUUGGCUUUGUUGCAAGAAGAUGAAGAUAUAAUAAUGACUCCUUAUGAGAAGAAUUUGGAAUUUUGGCGCCAGUUGUGGCGUGUCGUGGAGAGAUCUGAUGUGGUGGUGCAAAUUGUGGAUGCCCGUAAUCCUUUGCUGUUUAGAAAUGAUGAUUUGGAGAAAUAUGUGAAGGAAGUUAAUCCCAAUAAAAUGAAUAUGAUUUUGGUUAACAAAUCCGAUUUGCUAACAGAUAAACAAAGGCAAUAUUGGGCCGAGUAUUUUGAUGCUCAGGGCAUAAGGACUGCAUUUUUCUCGGCUUCUUUGGCUACCGAAGAAUUGAAAAAUGAAGCAGAAAGCAAAGAAGAAAAGCCUGUCAAAACAGAGAUUAAAUUACAGAAACAAAAGGAAAAUGAGGAUGAAGAAAUUGAAGAUGUGAAAAAUAAAUCAGAAACCAGUGACGAGGAAGUGGAAGAGGAAAAACACGCCGAGGAUAUUUCUCUGAAAGAACUUAAACAGGCGGCCAAUGAUAUAAACAAUACAUUAGAUCAGCUAGAAGAUAAACUGCAACAAAUUGAAAAGAAACUGCCCACACCCCAAGAAGAAAAGGCAGAAGCCCAAUUUCUUAAAAAUAGUGCAAAAUUGUUGUCACGCGAAGAACUUAUAGCAAUGUUUAAGAACGUUUAUCAAGGCCCUACCUAUACAGACAAAGUUACUACUAUUGGCCUGGUGGGUUAUCCCAAUGUGGGCAAAAGUAGUACCAUAAAUGCUUUAAUGAUAGAGAAAAAGGUUUCUGUAUCAGCCACACCGGGUAAAACUAAACAUUUCCAGACUUUGUUUUUGGAUCAAGAUCUAUUGCUGUGUGAUUGUCCCGGUUUAGUAAUGCCCAGUUUUGUUUUAACCAAAGCCGACAUGAUAUUGAAUGGUAUAUUGCCCAUAGAUCAGAUGCGUGAUCAUGUGCCCCCUGUAAAUCUUUUAUGUUGCCGCAUUCCCAGACACAUUUUAGAGGAUAAAUAUGGCAUUAUUAUAACCAAACCCAUAGAGGGUGAAGAUCCCAAUAGAUGUCCCCAUUCAGAAGAACUUUUAUUGGCCUAUGGCUACAAUCGUGGCUUCAUGACCUCAAAUGGUCAACCGGAUCAAUCUCGCUCGGCCCGUUAUGUAUUAAAGGAUUAUGUCAAUGGUAAACUGUUAUAUUGUGUAGCUCCACCUACCGUGGAUCAAGAAGAAUAUCAUCAAUUUCCCGAAAGAACACGUAAAAUCGUAGAGGAAAAAUCUCUACCCGAUCAGCAGCAAAGAGCCAUGAGGAUCAAUAGAAACACUUCCUCCAAGGAAUUGGAUAAUCAAUUCUUCGUCCAACAAACUGGUGCCGCCCAUGUCAAGGGUCGCACACAUUUUCCCCAUAUUAGAGUUCUCUCUGAUGGCUCUAUAGUUCAACAAGAGCCUACCGAAAAGCCAUGGCGUAAUGUUAAGAAGGAAAGACGUGAAAAAUUACGCAAGAAGUUCAAUCAUUUAGAUCAACAUUAAGAUUUGUGUAGAAAAGGAAUUUUUAAAAGUGAUUUACUGGAAAAUCUAUGAUAUCGAAGUGAAAUUUUUUUUAAUUAAGAUAAUUUUAAUUUAUAAUUAACUUUUUUAAAUAUAUAAUCAUGAGUAAUUAUAAAAGUGGAAA